AUGCCUCAUGAACACAAAUACCCAACAGCCCCCUACAGCGAGCCCCUCCUCCCUCAACUUGACGUCGCAAACCCCUACUAUACCGACCUCCACCACAACCUCCGCACCUAUGUCCGCAACUACGUCGACACGCAUAUCGCACCAUACGCCCACGAAUGGGAAGACGCCGGCCAAGUGCCAGAGGACGUGCGACGGCGCCACUGCGCGCUAGGAUUCGGCAUCGUGCACCCGCUGACGACGCUGGAAGACGCAGCCGGACUGUCUCUGCCCGGGAACGUGCCCCGCGAGAAAUGGGAUACUUGGUGCAGUCUCAUCGUGGCGGAUGAGCUGACUCGGGUUGGGUAUGUGGGUGUUUCGUGGGGGUUGGGGGCAGGUAACGGCAUUGGGUGUCCGCCGAUUGCGAAGUUCGGGACACCGGAGCAACGGCGGAGAUGGCUUCCGAGGGUUGCGAAGGGGGAGAUUCGGUUUUGUUUGGGGAUUACGGAGCCGGAUGCUGGAUCGGAUGUCGCGAAUAUUCAAACGACGGCGAAAAGACAGGGGGAUCAUUAUAUCGUGAAUGGAGCGAAGAAGUGGAUCACGAAUGGUAUAUGGGCCGACUACUGUACAGCUGCAGCCAGGACUGGAGGGCCGGGGAGAACAGGCAUAAGUCUGCUUGUGAUUCCGUUGGCAGCCCGUGGAGUGACGAGGCGGCGAAUGCACAACUCGGGUGUAAACGCAAGUGGAUCGACAUUCAUCGAGUUAGACGAUGUCCAGGUGCCCGUUGACCACCUGAUCGGAGAGGAAAACAAGGGCUUUCCUCUCAUCAUGUCAAACUUCAACCCCGAGCGUCUAUCUCUUGCGUGUGCCUCUUUACGCCUUGCGCGGGUUUGCGCCGAGGACGCCUUCCACUAUGCCAUGCAGCGCGAGACUUUCGGGUCUCCCUUGAUCAAGCGACAAGCAAUCCAAGCCAAGAUAUUCAAAUUCGGCUUGAUGAUUGAGCCCGCGUACGCAUUCAUGGAACAGCUUGUUCACAUCAUUGAAUUGACCAGGGAUCAAGCCAGAGACGAUGUCAGAAUCGGAGGUAUGACGGCUUUGCUUAAAGUAAUGUCUACAAGAGCCCUGGAGAAGAGCGUCCGAGAAGCGCAGCAGAUAUUGGGAGGGGCUGGAUAUAAUAAAGCUGGGAAGGGUGCACGGAUUGAGCAGAUUAACCGUGAUGCGCGAGUCCAUGUUGUUGGCGGCGGCAGCGAGGAGAUCAUGAUGGGUCUUGCGCUUCAAGAAGAGACCAAGGCUCUUCAAACAAGGCGGAUGGCGUUGGAGAGGAAGUCCAAGCUUUAG